AUGAAACUACCUGUCCUCCCCACCAUACCAACCAUCACCCUCCUCCUUCUCCUCCACCACCCAAUCCCCACACACGCCCUCCCCAACCCCCAAAACCAACCCACCACCACCCCCCUCACCACGACCUGGCAAAUCUCCCUGUACCAAAACCCCCAAUGCACCGGCGAAACGACAUCCUUCUCCGGCAACGGGUCUCUUCCCUGCCACGAUACGAUCCUCAACGGCGGUGCCUUGGGCUAUAUUGUCACGACGAGCGCGCAGUCGAAUUGUUCCAUUCGGGUGUUUGAUGAUACGGCUUGUCGGAGUCUGGUUGAGGUUGUGGAUGGGGUGAGUUGGGGCGCUUGUCGGGUUCCGGAUUUGCAGGAGGGGGAGAUUCGGGGGGUGCUGGUUUUGUGUUGA